CGCAGGACCGCGAAAAACAAAAAAAGGCUGAGAAAAAAACACAGCAGCGAGCAACUUUCCACAUUUUUCCUGGGCAUUUUCCUUUAUGCUGAGUUAACAAUUUGGCGCUGAAAAUGAAGAGAAUGCGCAGCAGUCGCCUCCUGGUGCUGCCACUGAUCCUGGUGCUGAUCCUGACGCUGCUCCUCCAACCGAUUGCCGUCCACGCCAAGUCGAAGAAGAACAAGUCCAGCCAGAGCUCGCACCACGGUGACUCCUCCUCCUCAUCCUCCUCCUCCUCCUCAUCAUCCUCAUCCUCCUCCUCGUCGAGUGCCUCCGCAUCGGCGGCGGCGGAUGAGAGCAAAUCGAAGGGCGGCGACAGUGGGGGUCAGCACUUUGCCAUGGAGCCGCAGGACCAGACGGCCGUCGUCGGCUCCCGCGUGACGCUGCCCUGCAGGGUGAUGGAGAAGGUGGGUGCGCUGCAGUGGACGAAGGACGACUUCGGACUGGGCCAGCAUCGCAAUCUGAGUGGCUUCGAGCGCUACUCGAUGGUGGGCAGCGACGAGGAGGGCGACUUCUCGCUGGACAUCUAUCCCCUGAUGCUGGACGACGACGCCAAGUAUCAGUGCCAAGUGGGUCCCGGUCCGCAGGGCGAGCAGGGCAUACGUUCGCGAUUCGCCAAGCUAACAGUGCUCGUGCCGCCGGAGGCGCCGAAAAUCACGCAAGGCGACUACCUGGUGACCACCGAGGAUCGCGAGAUCGAGCUGGAGUGCGUGUCGCAGGGUGGCAAGCCCGCCGCCGAGAUCACCUGGAUCGACGGCCUGGGCAAUGUGCUCACCAAGGGCAUCGAGUACGUGAAGGAACCACUCGCCGAUUCGCGUCGCAUCACGGCCAGAUCCAUACUGAAACUGGCGCCCAAGAAGGAGCAUCACAACACAACGUUCACGUGCCAGGCGCAAAACACCGCCGAUCGCACCUACAGAUCGGCGAAACUGCUGCUCGAGGUCAAGUACGCGCCCAAGGUCACCGUUUCGGUGGUGGGCGGUGCACUGGCGGGUGGCAAGAUUCCCGAGGGCGCCGAGGUGAUCCUCAGCUGCCAGGCGGACGCCAAUCCGCAUGAACUCAGCUAUCGGUGGUUCAUCAACGACGAGCUCAUGACCGGCGACUUUACCACCAAGAUGAUCAUUCACAAUGUGUCGCGGCAGUACCACGACGCCAGUGUCAAGUGCGAGGUGGUCAACGCGGUGGGCAAGAGCGAGCAGAGCAAGAAACUGGACAUAAGCUUUGGCCCAGUUUUCCGCCAGCGUCCCGUGAGCGUGGAGGCCGACCUGGGCGCCACUGUGAGCAUGCGCUGCGAUGUGGCCGGCAAUCCGGAGCCCGAGAUCGAGUGGAUCAGCGAGAACUCCGACCAGGUGGUUGGCGUGGCGGCGGAACUGAAGCUGAAGGUGAGCAGCGAGACGGCGGGGCGCUACUUCUGCAAGGCGGUGGUCAAUGGCUUUCCGGAAAUCGGCGCCGAGGCAACGCUGUACGUGAAGCGGGCACCGAUCAUCACCUCGCACAAGGUGCAGUUUGGCGGCGUUGGCGGUCGCGUGAAGAUCGACUGUCUGGCCUUCAGCAUACCGAAGGCGGAGCACAUACUGUGGUCGUUCGAGGGCAAGAUCAUCAACAUGAGCAGCGCCGAUCCGGAUAUCUACAUCUUCGAGGAGCACCAUUUGCCGGAGGGCGUGCGAGCCGCGCUGAUCAUACGCGAUAGCAAGGCCACGCACUUUGGGAAGUACAACUGCACGGUGAUGAAUUCGUAUGGCGGCGAUUCGCUGGUCAUAACACUGCUGCGCGAGCCGGGCAACAUACCCGUGCUCCUGGUCGUCAUGGGCUCCAUGUUCUGCGUGGCCAUCAUCCUGAUGAUCGUGAUGAUCAUCAUCGUGUACCGCAAGCGGCGCAGCCGCAAGAAGCCAAUGCCAGCGGACGUCAUACCGGAGGCGUCGCGCGGCGGUGAUAAGCUGAACGAGCUGAAGAGCGAGCUGCGCGCGAAGGCCUACGACGUGGAGUACUCGGAGGCGGGCGGCGAUGGCCUGGCCAUCAAUCUCACCCAGUCCCCGAUGCCCGAUGUCCAAAUGAAGGGCGCCACACUGGGAGUCCCACUCGCGGGCCCGGUGAAAUUCGAUGAGCGCUUUGCGGGCGACUUUGGCGGCGAUCGCUACAAUCGCCAGUGCCACAUCAAGAAUCUGAAGAACCAGCAGGAGCCAACCGCCUACAAGGGCAGUCCACAGACCAAUGCCAAUGGCUAUGCCCACUACUUCGAGUACGCCCUGGACUACAGUCCGCCGGGCGAGGGCGCUGGCGUGGUUGUGAGCGGCGGUGGCAAGGUCAAGAACGGUGGCAUGAACUCGGCCACGCUGCCGCACUCGGCGGCCACCGUGAAUGGGGGCGGUGCUGGCAAUGGGGGCGGGGCCAGUCUGCCGCGCAACCAGCGACACGACAUUCAACAGUCGCAGCAGGCAAACGGAUUUCUCGGACAACCGCUGCUGCAGAACGGCAUCGACAGCCGCUUCAGCGCCAUCUACGGUAAUCCCUACCUAAGGACGAACUCCUCGCUGCUCCCCCCGCUGCCGCCGCCGAGCCCCGCCAAUCCGGCGGCCACGCCCGCCCCGCCCCCCUAUCAUGCCGCCCGCCACGGCCACGCCCACCACGCCAAUGGCGGACUCAAGCAUUUUGUGGGCGGCGCCGUGAUCACCACGAGUCCCGUUGCCAAUGUGAACGGCAAUGGCGGCGGCGGCCUGGGCGGUGGCUCGACGCCCAGCGGCGUUGGGGGCGUGGCAGCGGGCGGGGGCAGCGUCAGCGGCAGCAGUUCGAACUUGACCGCCAGCAGCAACACACUGGCGGCCACGCCCCUCGCGGGCGGCGGCAACGGCGGCCAGUGCGCCCAGAGUCCGUCCGGCCAGUUCAUACUGUCCAACAAUGGCAAAGGACACACGCAGAAAGGACCUCUGGCCACUCACGUCUAA